AUGCCGCCUAAGCAGAAGGUGUGCGUCGCGGUGCGGCGGUUCGGCGAAGGUAGCGGUGAAGGUGGGAGCGCCAGCAUGGGUGAAGGGCGGCGCCGGCAGCGGCAACGGCAGCGAGGGCGGGGGCGAGCGCCGGGCUCCGCGGCAGCCUGCUGCGGCUCGCCCAAGGGCAUCCUCAAGGCGCAGGCGGCGGCGAGCCUGGUGCGGUCACCGAGCAAGCGCGUGUCCAUCAACCUCCAGGACAAUGAGAUCUCCCUGGAGCGGACCCGGCUGUGGUGCGGCGGCGGAGGCGCCAACACAAAGAGGCAGCAGCAUUCGCUCGUCCCAUCGUCCUCGGCAUCGGUGAUGGUCGCGGGGGGCGCCUUGGGAUGUGGGGGAGGAGAAGGCGAAGUUGGGAGGGAGUUUGGGGGCGACAGCGCCACCUCCAGCUCGGACUCCGCUUGCGUCGUGUGCGGCGGCGGUGGAAAAGGGGCGCGCGUGGAGGAGCACGGCGGUGGCGGAGGAGGGACGGGAUGGUGA